ACUACAUGCUUACCUGGGCACCAGUGCCACCUGUGAAGGCCCUUGCUUACUUCUCACGGCAGUACUCGCCACACCCAUUGACAGCCCAAUAUGCUGUGAGGGUCCUUUCAAGCUAUCCCCCAGACACCCUUUUGUUCUACAUUCCUCAGUUAACCCAAGCACUUCGAUAUGAUUCCAUGGGUUAUGUUGCUGAAUUGAUCAAGUUAGCAGCAAAAAAAUCACAACUCCUCCUCCACCAGCUGAUUUGGAAUAUGGAAACUAAUAAGUAUAGAGAUGAAGAGGGUCAUGAGAAAGAUGGUAAGCUAUUAUGUUUUAUGGUAAUUUCAUUUUUGCCUUUUGUGUGAGCUAUUUUGCAGAUU